AUGCUCCCAACCACCAUCAUCCCGCUCCUGCUUUCUGCAGUCGUCCUAGCCCGCGACGACCACCAAGGUCGCGCUCACGACGACCUGGCAGAACGUUUGAACAACGUUGACCUCAGUCGACGGAAGGACACGUUCCUUGGGUCUAUGUUCACCUGGUAUGGCACCAAUACCGGUGCGGACGCAUGCACAGGCAAGAACCACAAAGACAGUGACUGGUACGUUGCUAUGAACACCGCGCAAUUUGGUGAUGGCUCGGGAUGUUGUGGUCGUCAGCUCAAACUCAAUUACAAUGGCAAGACGGCGGUUGCGACCUGUGUGGACGAGUGUCCCACCUGCCCUGAGUGGGCACAUCUUGAUUUAACAAAAGGUUUGUUCCAAUACUUCAAUAACGGAGAUCUUGGCACCGGCACACUGUAUGGUUCCUGGUCGUAUGUUGACGGCCAUACGGAGGAUGGCCCUCCUCCUCCUCCUUCGCCUCCAAAGCAGUCCCGUGUUUCACGCAAACCUGAUCCCACCUCUUCAUCGAAAAAAGUGUCCUCGAGCGCCCAUCAAUCGUCUGCCAAAGUCUCCAGCUCAGAAAAACACUCGUCAUCCAAAUUCCCGUCGUCAUCACACUCUACCUCCACAAGCCCUUCUGCAAGCCCUUCCGAUGAUGGCAUUGCUAACGUCGGUGGUGCGGCAGCAGGCGACCCGAAUUCUCCGGGCGCUGGUUCGAAUACAACUGGGAUUAGUGGUGCAAUAAAGGGCACCAGCGGCGCAGUUUCCCUGGCCUCAAGAAACUUGGGUGUGGUGCUUGCAGCUCUUGCACUUGUUGUAGUCGAUACCAUAUUUACUUCUAUACUGGGGUAA